AUGUCGCAUUCUUCAACCAGCGCCUUGGUGACAUGUAUGCCCACGCAAAAGGCGGACAGACCUCGAUACAAUCGCGAGCAGUUGGAAAAGUACUUCCAGCGAAUCCAGCUUCCUGAAAAAUAUCUUUCCUCGCCAGUUCUCCGCGAUGCCACGCUCGCAACAUCUCGAGAACAUGGCCUUCCCCUAUUGAAAGCCCUCUACCGACACCAUCUAGCCAGCGUGCGGUUCGAGAAUCUAGAGCUCCAUUAUUCGGCCCACAUGAAGAUAUCGUUACACAUGGAUGACUUGUACGCCAAAUUUGUAGAACGGGGGCUGGAAUUCGGAAGAGGAGGCAGAUGUAUGGAGAACAACGGCUUCUUCGGAACAGCUCUGAGGAGUAUAGGAUACGAUGUGAGAAAUUGUGCUGGUCGCGUGAGCAGAAUGCAGUCUCCCGAUCCCGAUGUCCGAGAGCGAUAUGGAGAUACGUAUGAUCCGUGGAACCACAUGCUCAACCUUGUUAAGCUGGACAGUGUCUGGUACGUGGUAGACGUUGGUAUGGGGGCCAUGGGCCCCAAUAUCGUAUACCCGUUGCAAGAUGGAUUGGAGGCUGUAGCCAUGCCACCGAGACGCAUCCGUCUGCAGAAACGAAUCAUUCCGGAACACUCUGCGAGAUCUGAUGCAGAUGCGCAGAAGCUAUGGUGCUAUGACRUUUGCAGGCAACCCGAUGUGCCGGAACAGGAACGAGUAUGGACUCCGUCGUAUUGCUUCACCGAGACGGAGUUUCUUCCUCAGGAUUACGAGAUGAUGUCUUGGUUUACUUCGACGAAUCCAAAGUCUUUCUUCACAUAUAGCGUCCUGUGUACGAAACUACUACUGGAUGACGAACAGGAAAACAUCAUUGGCGAUAUCACCUUGUUCAAUGAUAAGAUGCGUAAGACGGUAUACGGUCAGCGUGAGGACGCAACAGAGCUCAAAACUGAAGGGGAGAGGAUCCGGGCGUUGAGAGACGCUCUCGAUGUACAUCUGAGAGAGGAAGAGAUUAAUGGUAUCCCACUGGAACGGAGACUAGGGUAG